GUUUACACUUUGUUCGAAGCCCUGGAAGAGGAAGAAACACCGAGGGCAAAUUGAGCUCUCUUUCCUCUUUUUUAAGAUGUCAGGGAACCUCGAGGCUCCAGUCAAGAAGACCUCCAGGUCCUUGUCUUCGAUCCCUGAAAAAAAAUUAUUCUGGAAAAGAGACCGAAUUGCAUUCUGCUCAUGGAGGACUAAGAAAAAUGUUUUAAAAUACGGGGAGCCAAGUUCGUCACCUUGUGCGCUGGACCCAGAGCCUUCUUCCUCAACAUGUGUACCUGUUCGCUGCCCUGACCCGGGAGCUGGCACUGAGAGACCCUGCUCUAGCGACGAAGGUUCCCCGGCAGGAAUGGCAGUCAGCUUGGGGGAGGAGGCAGAGAGCAAGGCAGCGGAUGUGACUGGCCAGGACCCCGGGGAAGGCUCUUCUGUGAGGCUGGUGCAGAAAGGCAGAGCAAGCGCAGAGGCUGGACAGGACGGGCGCACCCUUCCGCUGCGUGCGGGCAGCUCCGGCUCCGGCAGGAGGAGAGUUUUUUUCACCUCCGGGCGCCUGCCCUUCGGGAGAGAAAGAGCAGGGGGGAUCUUGGGCCGCCGGUCUUUAAAUACCUCUCCGGGGGCGUCCACACGCGCAGCGUUCCCCCCAGUGUGUCUUAAAGACACGCAGUCCCGCCCCCGGGAGGCAGCCUCCUCUAUGAAGAGAGUGUGGUGCUGUGUUUCCUGGGGGCGCUGCUGCCCCUGCUUGUGAAGGACAGCACAAGGGCCCGAGGGCCUGCCGUUCCAGGGAAAGGCAAGCACAGAUCACAACGGAGCUGAGACAUCUAACCCAGCACCCCGAAAGACCCAGCUUCUUCCCCGGAAGCAGUCCCAUGGCCAAGUGCCCUUCUGUCCCCAGAAGACAGCACUCACAUUAAAGUCAACAGCUGACCGUUCUGAUAGAACAGUCCCGGUAUUCAAAAGAUUUA